AUGUCCGAGGAGCUGGCCUCGGGCACUAAGGAGAGCCUGCCAGGGCCACAGGCGGGUCCCCGCGAGGUGUGGAAGAAGGGAGGCCGCCUGCUGUCGGUGCUGCUGGCCGUGAACGUUUUGCUCCUUGCCUGCACUCUCAUCAGCGGCGGAGCCUUCAACAAGGUGGCGGUAUACGACACCGACGUGUUCGCCCUGCUCACAGCGAUGAUGCUGCUCGCGACGCUCUGGAUCCUCUUCUACCUCCUCCGCACGCUGCGCUGCCCCGACGCUGUGCCCUACCGGGACGCACACGCCGGUCCCAUCUGGCUCCGAGGUGGGCUGGUGCUGUUCGGGAUCUGCACCCUCGUUAUGGAUGUCUUCAAGACCGGCUACUACUCCAGUUUCUUUGAGUGUCAGUCAGCCAUCAAGAUCCUGCACCCCCUCAUCCAGGCUAUGUUUGUCGUUGUCCAGACUUACUUUCUCUGGAUCUCUGCUAAAGACUGUAUUCACGUCCACCUGGAUCUGACUCGGUGUGGUCUCAUGUUCACACUCACCACCAACCUAGCCAUCUGGAUGGCAGCCGUGGUGGAUGAAUCCGUGCACCAGGCUCACUCCUACACCAGUGCUCACAGUAACACCAGCCACACCCGACUUGCCUCUGACCUGGAGCGGGUGGGCAGCCCGGUCGGAGGAGACCCCUGCCCCUGCAACACGGCUGUCUGCCAGAUCUUCCAGCAGGGCUACUUCUACCUAUAUCCCUUCAACAUCGAGUACAGCCUCUUUGCUUCCACCAUGCUCUACGUCAUGUGGAAGAAUGUGGGCAGGCUGCUGGCCUCCACCCACGACGGCCACGGCCACACACCAACCCAGGUCAGCCUCUUCCGGGAGACCUUUUUUGCUGGCCCAGUCCUGGGCCUGAUGCUCUUUUUGGUGGGGCUGGCUGUCUUCAUCACCUAUGAGGUCCAAGUGAGUGGGGAGGAAGGCCACACCGAGCAGGCCCUGGUCAUCUACUACAGUUUUAACAUUGUCUGUCUGGGACUCAUGACCUUGGUCAGCCUGAGUGGCUCAGUCAUCUACCGUUUCGACCGCCGGGCCAUGGACCAGCAUAAGAACCCCACACGCACCCUGGAUGUGGCCCUGCUGAUGGGUGCUGCCCUGGGCCAGUAUGCCAUCUCCUACUACUCCAUUGUGGCUGUGGUGGUGGGCACUCCCAGGAACCUGCUAGGAGGGCUCAACCUAGCCCACGCCCUGCUCAUGAUUGCUCAGCACACCUUCCAGAAUGUGUUCAUUAUUGAGAGCCUCCACCGGGGACCACCAGGGCCUGAGCCUCCUGAUAAUCCCCCCAAAGAGCCUUGCCAAAGCCUUACUUUUGCCAACCACGAUGCACUCCAUACCUUGCCCACCUGCCCACCUACCCCCAGUCUGGCUAGCCCCAGCCCCAGCCCAGCAGACUCUCAGGAAGCAGCCGCCAUCAUCUUGGCCCCCAGGAGCCACUGGAGACGACGUUGCCUAAAAGACAUUUCUCUGUUUCUCCUGCUCUGCAAUGUCAUCCUGUGGAUCAUGCCUGCCUUCGGGGCCCGCCCUCACUUCAGCAACAUGGUGGAGGUCAACUUCUACGGCUACUCGCUCUGGGCAGCCAUCGUCAAUAUCUGCCUGCCUUUUGGCAUCUUCUACCGCAUGCAUGCUGUCUCCAGCCUGCUGGAGGUCUAUGUGCUAUCCUGACACCACUGACAGAGACGUGGGUGGAGUAGCAAGAGGGCGGUCAGCUCAUGUGCCCCCUUAAACCCCCCUCCAGGAAUGAACCUGAGCUGGAGCCACAUCGCCCCAUCU